AAUGUACCAUACAUAAUGGUUGUAUUGAUGAGUUAUGUAAUUAAGUUAUUUUACAUAUAUUCAUUAAUCUAGUUGUGUUUGAAACGGUAACAUUCUUUGUAAGAACACUUGAAAAACUUAAGAUGCAAUACAGUCUACUCCUAGCAAUCAUUAUUGGGACGUUGAAAUUUAAUGACGCUUUACGGAUUCUAGUCUUCUUUCCUAUUUCAUCAAAGAGUCACAGUAUAUUGGGGUAUGCUGCAGUGGACCAUCUACUGAAGGCUGGUCAUGAGGUGGUGCAUAUAACCUCAUUCCCUAGGGAAACCCUCAAUCCAAAUUACACAAGAGUCGUCGAUGUAUCAGAAGUUGGUCGACAAGCAAAAUCAGCUACAUUGAACAACAAAGAGGGCUACACAAUCGGAUCACAAACAAAACGAAAGCUUGGGUUCAAGGACGCACUUCUUUUCACUUAUGAAACCCACCGACGAUCAUUUGAUCAUCCAGAAGUAAUUGAACUCUUAAGCGACCCAAAUGAGAGGUUCGACGCUGUCAUCGCAGAUUGGGUCCACACGGAUUACGUGAUGGGGAUUGCUCCGUUGCUCCAAACUCAUUUAAUCUGGCUGGGAACAACUGACGCCUACUGGGAAAUACUACAAUUGAUAGACGGGAUACCAAAUCCAGCUGUUUACAUUGACCUGUACUCAAAUAAUGUAACACCGUUAAGCUUCUGGCAUAGAGCAAAGGAACUUUACUAUGUCAUAGAAAGGUGUAUUUAUAGAAGCUUCUGGAUAACUCCAAAUGAGAAAGCCAGCUACUACAACCAAUUUGGAGCAAUGGCAAAGAAACGUGGUGUUGUAAUGCCUUCAUACGAAGACGCAUAUUAUAACGCAUCACUCAUGUUUCUAAAUACGCAUCCUACCCUCGGAACACCUUUCAAACUGCCACAAAACGCUAAAUGCAUAGCUGGUUAUCACAUUAGUGAACAUAUACCGCCACUACCUCAGGAAUUCCAAAAAAUCAUGGACAACGCUAAACAUGGAGUAAUAUACUUCAGCAUGGGCUCAAAUCUACGAAGCAUGGACAUGACUGCCUUUAUGAAAACAUCUAUAAUGAAUAUGUUCGGACAAUUGAACGAAACUGUGAUAUGGAAAUAUGAGAGUGAUUGGGAUAACAUCCCAAGUAACGUACACUUGGUAAAAUGGGCGCCUCAGCAGAGUAUUUUAGCGCACCCAAACUUAAAACUCUUUAUCAGCCAUGGUGGUCAACUAUCAACGAUAGAAGCCAUACAUUUCGGAGUACCAAUCAUAAGUAUACCGGUGUGUGGCGACCAGAUGAUCAACUCUGUGACUUUGAAGAAUAAAGGCUAUGGCAUAUCAGUCGACUUAAGUGGGACAAGAUUGGCAUCUGAUCUUCUAGCAGCUAUAAAUACAAUGAACGCUAAUCCAAAAUAUAAAAUGAAAGCAAAAGCACUGUCAGAGGCAUUUCUCACCCGACAACAAAACCCAGGUGAAGAGCUGGUCUUUUGGGUGGAGUAUGUCGUUAAAACAGGAGGAGCAACAUUCUUACGGUCUCCAGCUUUGUCUAUACCAAUUUACAAGAAACUAUACUUAGAUUUAAUUGCAUUAAUAUUCAUAUGUCAUUAUUUACUAAAAAAGUAUGUGUGGGUUGCUUUUAAACUUCGUGUCUCUAGAAAAGUAAUUGAUAAAAAGAAAAAACUAAAGUAGGCUUUCUACAUUCAUUAGGUUCUCAGAAUCUUAGAAAUAUUUACCACAGGCAUUAUCCCCCUAUAAAAACUCGUUAAGAAAUAGACAAGAGUGAGAUGAUAGCACUCCCAUACAGUUAUACUGUGACAGUAAAUGAAGCUUUGGAGGUAUUUGUCUCAGGGAGGCUUAUAAGGGGGCUUAGGGUGCGUCCACAUCUGGUGAAUGUGCACAUCAGUUGCGCUAAAGAGGCGCACCAAACCAUUGCCGUGACUGCUGCACAUUGGCCAGAUGUGGAUGCACCCUUAGACAUCACAUAAAAAGAAAAUGUUAGAUUGUGCACUUAAUCAUAUCACAACUGACAUUACUCAUCAGAUUUACACAUCCAUUAGUAUGACAGCAAACUUAUAAGUAAAUUGUAAAAACAUGUUUAUAAAAUACAUAGAAUUAUAUAAAUAUAGAAGUAGUUAUAAAAAUGCUAAAUAUAAUGUUGUUAUGUUUAAAUUUCUUCAAUAAAAGUUUAUAUAUGACACACAUUUUCCUCACAACUAAUUACAGAACUUGUAACCUAUUCCAGCUAACAUAGAGCAUCUCUUUUAUUGCAUUAUGAUGUCUUUCUUUUAAAACCUAAUUUGACUAGCUGAUGUUUUCUCAUGUGGCUAGACAAAUAGUGUAACAGGAAAUCUCCUGGUAAAAACUUUUACAAAAAUUUUAACCCAUAAUACUAAUUAUUUUUAGUUAACAAGCUUAACUCUAGACGUAAUGUCCAGUCUAGAAUUACUGUCAAAGAAUUUAAAAGUGUUAAGCUUUAACGUCAUUCUUUGAGGUAAUAUACGUUACUUUCUGACGUCACGUUAGUUUGACGUUAAUCUGACGUCAUCUGAAGUAACUAAGUUUUGUCAUUUUAAUCACAAAAUAUGUAUAUCCAUUUGACUCUCUUGGCUUAAGCUUUUUGCUUUAUAACUAAAUAAUUGAUAACUUAUAGAUUAGAUUAAGUAGAUCAUUUAUGUAUCUACUACACUUGUAUCGUGAUGUUAUAAGAAUUUAACCAUAGCUAGUUACAAUUGUAUUUGAAAAAUCCACUUUUUAUCGUAUUUGGAUACUACAUUGACUAAAUAUUACGGCUACAUUAAAAAAAAUCCAUGUGAUUUAAAUUUCAAAUUAAU